AAGUCAGAAGAAGGACUGGGAUUUUUUUUCAGAUUUCUUUUGCUUUUUGUAAGCACUCAUACUUUGGGACCAUUGUUGAAAGAAUGAGGUCCAGGAGCAGUGGGAUGGAGGCUCCUGACAGCGGGCGCCUUCAAGUCAGACAGUCCAGCAAAGGCUACCAAAAAGACAAGGACGAAGGAGACAGCAUCGAGGAUAUGAUGAAGAAAAGUCCUGCCAUGGUGGAGAAGGAAGAGAAAGUAGAGGAUGGGUCUGUACGUGCGACAGUGAAGAGUUCGCAGAAACCUGCAGGAGAAAAGUGCAAGAAGAAAGCAGGACUAAUGCAGCUUUCAAAAGAAGAGCUGCUUCACCUGCUUGGCAUCAUGGAAGGAGAAGUGCAGGCUCGUGAGGACAUUAUUCACAUGCUGAAGUCGGAAAGGACGCGCCCCGAGUCCCUGGAGGCUCAGUAUGGAUCAGCUGUCCCUGUCUCACCUCUGCAGGCCUUACAGAGAGACAAAAUACUGACCUGUAACAGGAGACGUGAGGAUGAUGUUUAUGAGGUCCCCAUGAUGGAGCUGGACCGUUUGGAGGAGAAGCACAGAGAGACGUACAGAAGGAUGCUUGAGCAGCUCCUGCUGGCUGAGAAAUGCCACCGGCGCACAGUUAAUGAGCUGGACUGCGAGAAGCGCAAACACAUCGACUUCAUGAACAAGAGCGAUGACUUCACGAACCUGCUGGAGCAUGAGCGCGAGAGACUAAAGAAACUGUUGGAGCAGGAGAAGGCAUACCAAACCCGUAAAGACAAGGAUCACAGCAGGCGGCUACAAAAAGUAAGAGAAGAGCUAGUGAAGCUGAAGUCCUUCGCUCUGAUGCUGGUGGACGAGAGACAGCUCCACAUCGACCAGAUUGACCAGCAAAGCCAGAAGAUCAUGGACCUUAGCAAUAAGCUGCAAGAGAGAGAGCAGCAUCUGGAAAGUGUCACCAGCAAAUACAAAGAGGACAGUCAGAGAAUUCAGAAGUUGGAAGUGGAGUUAGAGCAUAAAGCUGCUAAGUUCUCACAGGAACAUGAGGAUAUGACAACCAAGCUCUCCAGUCAGGAGUCCCAAAACCGACAGUUACGCACAAAACUGGCUGGUCUGUCUCGGAGAGUUGAGGAGCUGGAGGAAAGUAACAAAUCACUCCAGAAGUCUGAGGAGGAUUUACAAGAGUUAAGGGACAAAAUCAGCAGGGGAGAAUGUGGAAACUCGAGCCUCAUGGCUGAGCUUGAAACUCUCCGUAAGAGAGUGCUGGAGAUGGAGGGAAAGGAUGAGGAGAUCACAAAGGCAGAAGCACAGUGCAAGGAGCUGAGGAGGAAGCUUCAAGAUGAGGAGAAUCACAGUCGUGAGCUGAAACUUGAAAUCGAAAAGCUACAGAAAAGGAUGGCAGACUUGGAGAAACUUGAGGGAACUUUCAACAUGAGCAAAUCAGAGUGUACACUGCUUCAUGCAAGCCUUGACCGAGAGAAGAACUUGACAAAGAACUUAACCAAGGAGCUAGAAACUCUUAAAAGUCAUGUUAAAGAGCUAAAGUGUGCUGAGUCGAGGCUCGAAAAGGCAGAAAGUAACUUAAAAGAUGAUUUGACGAAACUCAAGUCGUUUACUGUAAUAUUGGUGGACGAGAGGAAGAACAUGGCAGAAAGAAUUAAGCAAGAGGAACAAAAAAGUGAAGACAUGAGCAAGCUGUUUAAGACUGAGCAAGGCAAGGUCAUGGAAAUCACAGAGAAGCUGAUUGAAGAGAGCAAAAAGCUUUUGAAGUUGAAGUCAGAGAUGGAGAUGAAAGUGUCAGCUCUCACAAAGGAGAAAAAUGACCUAAGGACCAGACUUACAUGUGAAGAAGAGAAACAAAAUGAUCUCAAUGCAAAGGUCAACCUCAUGCAAAAGAGGGUGGACUGUUUGGAGGAGGCUGAAAGAAAAUCCAGAAACAGACCUGAAGUGGACAAGGCAAGAUAUGCUGAUGAAGACAAUAAGGUUAAGGAGUUAACAGAGGAGAUUGAUAGGCUGAAGAACCGUCUGAAGCAGCUGGAAGUUGUGGAGGGUGAUUUGAUGAAGACAGAGGAUGAAUAUGAUAUACUUGAAAAGAAGUUCAGAACAGAGCAAGAUAAGGCCAAUGUCCUUUCUCAGCUCCUGGAGGAAAUGAAGUCACAGAUUGCUAGAAACAAGGCCAUUGAAAAGGGGGAGGCUGUGAGCCAAGAAGCUGAACUAAGAUUGAGGUGCAAGAUGGAGGAGGCCAAAUCCAGAGAUUUGCAGGCAGAUGUCCUGGCUCUUAAGGAAAAGAUUCAUGAGCUGAUGAACAAGGAGGAUCAGUUAUCUCAACUUCAGGUCGAUUACACAGUUCUACAGCAGAGGCUCGUCGAAGAGCAGGACAAAAAGAAAAGCAUGAGCCAACAGAUCCUAAAUCUUACCAAAGAGUUAGAGGUGACCAAGCGAUACAGCAGAGCACUACGGCCAAGCAUGAAUGGAAGGAGGAUAGUGGAUGUCCCUCUUACCUCAACAGGUGUCCAGACAGAUGCACAUGCUAAUGAAGUUCUUGAAGAAGAGACUCCGGCGGUAUUCAUAAGGAAAUCAGUUCUGGAAGAAAAUCACGUGAUGAGCAAUUUGAGGCAGAAAGGUCUUAAAAAACCAGCAGUGCUGGACCGUUAUCCACCUGCAUCUGCAGAGCUAGGUAUGAAAAAAUCAUUGAUUCCCUGGAUGAAGAAGAAAGAAGCAAGUGCUGAUGCACAGGAUGGCUUAGACAAGUUGACUUAUAAAGUUAAUGGAGAUGCAUCACCUCAACCACAAGAGUUAACCAUGUCACAAAAACCAGGCCGGCCACUGCAUAUAAGGGUGACUCCGGAUCAUCACAACAGCACUGCCACAUUGGAGAUCACUAGUCCUCGUGCUGAGGACUUCUAUUCAAGCACCACAAUCAUCCCCACUUUAGGGCUGCAGAAGCCACGGAUAACGAUAGUUCCUAAACCCACUACUGUGUCACCAAAGAGCAGCUAUGACGUAAUGGACAGGACCAAGUCUCCAGUGACCAUUACGACCAUUUCUAGGGCCAAGUCUCCAGAGGGAAGCAAAAUAUCCCACCCAGACUCUCCAAGCUCUCCUGUCUCAGUCAUCACAGUUAGCACAAGCCCAGUGAUGCAGGCACCAGUCUCUCCAGAAUCUCAGGAGACCUCAAGCAUGGGCCGAGCUGUGUUUAAGGUGACCCCAGAGAAGCAGGCAUUGCCAACACCGAUCCGCAAAUACAACUCCAACACCAACAUCAUAACAACAGAAGACAACAAAAUCCAUAUUCACCUUGGGAGUCAAUUCAAGAGGUCUCAGGACUCUGGAAGCAGUCCCACACUCACAGUAAGACCUCUGAGUGUAUGCACAGAGAACAAGGAGACACCUACUACGGGGACUGUCCUGCGUUCCCCCCGACAGUCCUCCACUUCCUUAGGGAAAACUACACCUGGAAAGAUGACAAGUAGCAUCACCAUUACCCCCAUUACGUCUGCUCCUUCCAGGCCAACCCAGUCUGUGUCCGGGACGGAUGUGCAGUCAACUCGGUCUUGCUCGUCAACACGAAUCCCUAUGUCAAAAGAAAAUGUUGUGCUCCGCAUGACUUUUGAGCCUCGUUGAGACUGAGGUGUAACACUAAGGCCAAACAUCUCCACAGCUCAGACGGCCGUGUUCAUGUCAGCUUCUCGACUGGCACCCGGAUCAGCACCACCCUGAACUUUACCGCUGGAGCCAAGCGACGAAUCUGGAGCACACAAGUCUGUUGUGUUGUUGACAUGUGUUUUUUUUUUUCCCUUAAUAGAGUGUGAUGGAUGUUUUGCGGAGAAAAAAGUAAGUUGUGGGAUGACAUGAAAAACGAAUGCAUGUGAAUAGGAAAGAGCUGGACUGCUAUGUACAGAAGCAACAUAUAUAAAAGAGUAACACGACUGACAUUUACAAGAGAUCAGCGAUUGUAUGUGGCAUGUAAGCGAUACUGAUUUAAUUUUGUUUUAAUUUAAUUCUGAAGGUUUCAGAAUUGUAUGUAUAUCCAGUUAUGAUGGUAUUGGUGUGGAUAUAUACAGUAUGUGUACACAAACAUUGAUAUGAUAGAUCUAAUGUUUUAAUGGCGUGCUUUUUAAAUUAAAAUAUGGACUGUGGAAUUUUCAGUUUUAGUAAUAUAUGGUAAAUCUGGACAGUCCAGAUAUGCUUUCUAAAACAGAAAUUGCUGACUUGAUGAACAACCAGCUAUAAAUUUCCUUGUACAUAGUGCGAUUAUUAAAUGAGAAUCAGCUAAAGAAGAGUAGGUUAUUAAAAGCCUGAAAUGGUGGACACUUUCAGUAAACUAAGACAAUGUUAUCGGUCUUGUGUUAAAACUUUGCCUUUUAACUUUCAGCAGAAAGCGUGAGUGAGAAAGAAUAUAAAUGUAGUCUAUGAAAACUUCUUUAUGUAAUCAUUUCUAGGUUGUUUGAACAGCAGAGGGGAACCGUCAGGGCCUUCUCGGCCUUCAGAGAAGCCCAAACAUAUCAGCAAUUCAAAUGUUAUAUUUAAUUUAUUUCAUUCUUUCAUUUAUUUCAUAAUUUCAUUAUAAUUAUAUCUCUUGUAAUUCUAAUUUGGUCUUAUUUUCUCUCAAAUUUGCUUCAGAAAUGAACGGACAGAAAUUACUGUCCUGAAAACAUUAAAACCGAGUUCUCCAAUGAGAUUGUUUUGAUUGUUCUCUCUAGGCUGAGAAGAGUUUAGCGCUGCUCACUCAUUGGUUCAGACUUCAUUGCCGGGACAGAAGGCCAUGGCAGUGUACGUAUAUGUCGGAAGUGACAGAUUAAUUAACCAAUCAGAUUUUGAUUUAUAGUGGGAGGAACCAAAAAUUUAAUCGCCCUAGGCCUUCUCGAAGGCCAACACGAGCAUAACCGUGACUCGGUGCCAUCAGUACAGUCACCUUCCAGCCGGUGUAGCAUUCAUCAGGAGUGUUAGUGAAUGCUAAUAAAGCAGUCAAGCCAGUGCUAUUCAGCGCUCCAGGCUAACAACCGAGAAACUACAAUUUCUGUCUCCAGACUCUUCUUCCACGCACAUGUAGCAAUGUCAUAAUUUCAUAUGAAUAGUUUUUUUUUUUUGUGAGCUUCCUCAGAUCCCUCUAUUGUAAAAUAUGUUAAUUUGUCAGGUUCCACUAUCGUUUCUGAUGGAGCAUUAAUUAGUGUAACACACCUGUAGACAUUAUCGUGUUGGAAAGGGGUAAGCUGGCUUCGUGAAUCCUGCAUGGACAAUAUUCAUUCAUACAGUGUAUAUAUAUAUUUUUUCCCAAUAUAUGAUGUUUAAUUUUUGAUCUAAGAAUGUUUUAGCACACAUCUGCUGUUUGUAUCAGAUCAAAUAUGUAAAUUAGCAUCAUAAAAUUCUGGAUGAAACAUCAAGUGUUUAUCUGAGUAGCCAUUUGGCUGGGUGCUAACUGGUGUAUGAUGUUGUCGGGAUGUCAAAAUUGUUUCCCGUGUCUCCGUGUGUUGAUAGCCCUGUCAUUCAUUGUUUUCCAGAA